AUGACGAGCACGGGUUCGAUUGGAACGGCUACAGCAUUGACGGCUACGACGCCUGCGGCUUCGACACGAGCGGCUUCGACGAGGACGGCAACGACCGCAGCGGCUACAACCAGCGCGACUUCGACAGGAGCGGCUACGACAAGGAGGGCUACAGUGCCGUACGCUUCGACUACAUACAACGGCUACAAUAUGUUCGGCUACGACUCGCAGGGCUACAACGAACGCGGCGACAACUCUUGCGCCUGCGACAGCAGUGGGUACGACAGCAGUGGCUUCGACAGGAACGGCUACACGGGGAGCUGUUACAACAAGCUCAGCUAUGACUCCGCGGGCUAG